CCACAGUAUUGUCCUUGUCAAGUUGGUCAGGACACACUAAAUCCCCAUGAUCCCCUGACGUUGGAUGUGCGCUUAUAUUGGUGAUUGUUACAUUUUCAUCUCUUUAACUGAAACUCAUUGAAUUCAAACAGCUAUUCUUGAUUUGUUUUUGGUUUGUUCUGGCCAAAUUAUAUGUUUUACUGUUCCUUAGCAACAGUUUUUUUGAGAGUACACCUCAGGGGCCACUGAUGGCCCUGUCUCAUAAGUUUCUCAUGUGCUUCAAACUUGUGAUGGUAACCACUGCUGCCCUGUAAGUCAUGCCAGCGGAUGACUUUUGGCAUUAUGCAAGUUUUCUAUGGCUUUCUUUGAGAAGAAAUUUGUUGUGUAUUAAUGGUUUGGUGGAAACUAAUAAUCUCUAACUUUCUGUCUUAACUUCGGUGGUAUUUUAGCCUAUAUGCAAUUCAUAAACAGUCCACGGUAUUGUUGUUCAAGCUGAUUACAACUUGCUCUGAGAAAGCCUCUCUGACAGAGGGUUCACUUUUCCACUUUGCUUUUGAGGAUUAAGAUACAUACAGUGGGUGGUCUGUGAUCUGAAAUUAUACUAAUUACUAUUAAUUAUGACUAUUAUUCGACUAUAAUGGUUUUAAUAGGUUCGUCAUAGCUGCUUGGCCUUGUUGAUGCCUCUGCCGAUGUGCCUGUUUUUUUUCAGACAUGCAGAAAUGACAGCUAUCUUUUAGUUUCAUUUUGUUACAGAAUCAUGGUGUGCAUGUGUGGGCCAGUCUCGGCUCCCAUGUGGACCGGAGAUGGCUUACCCCUGCUGCACACGAGCAUGCCCCCCCGUGCUCUGAGAACAGUGUGGUCGUCUUUUAAAUUUUUUUUUUUCUCGGCUGCAGCUCUGUCCACUGGUCUUAUGUAAAGGCAACAUCCCCGGGCAGCAAGCUGGGUCCCAGGUGGUGACAAGAUGUUGGCCUUGCCCUUUCCUCCUCUAUGCUCUGCUCUCCCACUCUCAUUUUCCUCACCCUCCCUUUCUUUUUUGCUCUUUUCCUAUCUCAGCCUUUGCACUUUUCCUUUAUUUUUUCAUACAUCUCUGGCAUGUGAUGAAAGAAUGUUUAAACCAAAAUAACUUUGAAAUCAUGCUGUUUUUCCUUUAAACUGAAUGGCAUGAAUGGAAUCUUAACUUUUGCUCAGACGAUAACAGCAGAUGGUCACACACACUAUCACAGUGUAUUGAUGGCCAUUAGAUGGAAAGGUCCAAGUUUGCACACCAGCCAACACACACCCACACACACACACACACACACACACACACACACACACACACACACACACACACACAGAAAAGUAUGGCAAACGUCCAUAAAUACCUUUAUCUGAUUCUGACAGAUGAUUUACAUAUUUUAUUUAAUCUUUUCAGAGCAAGAACUGACAGGGUACCCAAGAACAGUAAAAUGACAAACAAAAAGAUAAAUAUCUAACACAAAGACGUGUGCUUAGUGUAAGCCAAAUUCAGUUUUUUUUAAUUAAAUAAAACUAGAUCUAAGACAUAAAAGAUCUGUAAAAUAGCUCUAAAAUAUUGGAAUGGAAUUUGAAAUAAAUUGCAUUUUGGCACUCUACAUAUUAUUUGUAUUAAUUAGGAAAGAAUUUUGAUUCGCACUGAUGUUGGUAUUGCCACUGAAACUGAUUAAAGUUUAUCUUCUCAUGUACCAAAUUCUUUGUUCCCGCUUCAGCUCCCGCUUUAAAAUUUGUGCAUGCCAUUCUCUUGCUCCUAAUUUGUGUGCUUUCUGUAUUCAGCGUACUUUUGCAUCUAUCUCUUUGUACUAUAUACACAUCAUGUCCUAUCCAAUGCCCUCUUUUGUACCUUAACCCCAUGACCUUGGUGUUCAUUCACAUAAUUGAAUGCAGGCCAUUGAUGAAAGUGGAAACGGGGCUGUAGGUCUUAGCCAUUUAAACAAUUCCUUUCCUAUGGAGCCCUAAUGAAUACCCCAAUAUGAGGCUCCCUGCUGCAAAGAAUUGGAAGUACCAGUCUGUUUUCAAAUAUUGACCAACACCCCACCAGUAACCAAUAGAUUCAUUAGGCUGUGGCACACAUUUUGCAUGAAGUCUGUAAGUUAUAGUGAGUAGAAACCAGUCACUGACAGAGUAAAACAAAUAAUUGGUUUUGGGAGCACCCUGAUCCAGUGCCAGCUGAUGUUAAUCAGCAGGAUGUUACGAAAGACGACAUGAUAUAUUGGCAGGAAACAUUUUGUUAUUGUACUGAGGGGCAAUAACGGUGUGACCAUAUUACAUCGUAACAAACAAGAUAUUUUUAACAGCAUAAUCUUACUCUUUAUGUACCAGUCAGGUGUUGCCUAAUUCAAAGAACAAAUUGCUUAUUUCUCACAUAAAAUUAAAAUCAGUUUAAAAUCAGUUUUUCCUGCCUGAAAGUGAUUUAAGCACCACCCCAACUUGAACAUUUCUCUCAGCAUUUUAUUGCUCUGAUUGGUUUUAGGUUUGACAUCCCAGAAAUCAAAAAUGGAGCGAUAGGUUCCAGAAAAAUAUGUUUUAGUCAUUUCACAAUAACAUAUACUGAAUUAUUAGUUUACACGUGUACGGUUGCUUAACCCAUAUGUUCAGUUUGCUGACAUGGAGACAGAGCAAUUUAUCAGGAUUUUUGAGGUUUUGAUUAGCUUGUGUGUGAUGGUGGCUUGAUCAUGGUGUUGUGUAAUGCUGUGUUACUGCGCGAUAUAGAAAGCUGUUUCAUCCUCUGUUUACCUACAAAAGUUUGACAGAAUGGUGUGUAUGAGCGUACAUACAUACACACAGUUGGAUGUGCCCCCAGACCUGCUGCACCAGCCUCCUGCAGAGAGCAAAAACAAGCGCUUGUGACUGUCUGUCUGCCUGCCUGCCUGUCUGUGAAUGACCCACAUAAUGACCUGUCCGCCUGCCUCUCUGUCUGCCUGUCUGUCUUUAUAAUCGUUGUAUUUUUGUACGCCUAACAAUGACUUCUACUUAGACCUGUCUGUGCUCCUGUCACCUUGUGUGUCUCUCUGCCUCUGUCUGUCUGCUUGCUCAUUUGUGUUUUGUCACACUGUCUGCAUGCCUCUUUCUCACUCCUCUCCCGCUGUCGUGUUGGUCCAAUGUGUCUGUUUCUUUCUUUUUUAUGUGUGAUGGCCUGUCUCUUUGUCCCUUACUGUGCAUUGCUGUUCUGACUUCUGCUGGGCAGAAAUGAAAGCCACUUACUUUGAAGCCAGUUUCCCUUAAUGAAAAUUAUACAGUGAACGCCCAAAUGUUCAGUCAGUCAGAUGUUAGAAUUUUUUGGAGUCAUUUUUGCAGUGAUUCGGAGGUUUUUCUGUUAUCUUGCUGCAGUAAUGUGUUUGUGUCUGUUUGUGACCACCAAACUUGCCUGAUGCUGGUUUUACUUUAUGUACCAGCUGUAGACUCAUCAGACAGAGAUAACCAAGACAUAUUAUCAAAUAUAGAUGAUAGCGCAUUAGUUCUUCAGUUGAUUUGCUUUUCCAACUGGGCAUUUUUGUCUUUAACAAAAGCCUCAGGUAGGACAUAAGCUGACUGGUUCUUAUUAUGUUUUUGUCAUAUCACACUGAUACAAAACUUGGCAUGAUGUGACUCCUUAUUUUUAUAUUUAUAUAUAAACAGAACAGAAUUAUCAGGAUUAUGAGCCACCAGCUGGGUGGUGGGUAUUAAUAAUAGUCAGAUGGAAGUCGGCCAGUUUGGCAGUUGCAAGUUUGCUGUGUUAUUAUUUUAACAGUGAUUAGCUGAGCUUGUCAACAAAGAAUGAAUUCCAUUUUUGGUGAAGUAUUAAAAACAGAAGAAAACAUUUGGUGGUUUUGACAGAUUAAUCAGAUAAACCAGUGAUAUAUAGCAUGAAUUGUGUUCUUCCCUAGCAAUAACAACAGUUGAGAAUAGUCAUGGUGUUGACCAGGUAACCAAAAAAUGGUUUGACAUGGAAAUAUGAACAAUAUUAAGCUCUUUAUCAUUUAUAAUAAACAUCAGCUUUUUUCCUUUCUUUCAAAUCAAUUAUUUUCCAUCUGUAGUUUAUCAGGGGCUGAAGACCGUUGUGUUAUUGCCUUGUGUGUCUCAGCUACUGGCCUGUCCUUCAGGUUGGAGGUUGAAAAGCUGUGACGAAGCAUAAGUAUAACAGGACCAAGUUGUGCUCAGCUUGGCAACCAGGUGACAGCACGUAACACCAUCCUUCUUCCUCGUCCUUUUGUCUACAUCUUCCUCCUCUCAUCUUUGAUGAGCUCUGUGCUUCCUUUGACUUAAUGCCUCAUCCGUUUCUUCCAUUCCUCUCCUCCUUCCAGCCCCUUUCGUCGUACUGUCAUCUAUUUUUAGCUCCUCGUGUGGUGGGCAGAGGAGGUGCGUGAAAGCAUGGGAGUGUGUCUGGAUUGCGGGGGGAGAAAGGUGUUAGUGUGUGGGUCUCCAUCACGCUACACCAAAUUGCCCUGCACGAGACUCUGCAGUCUCAAGAAAAUAAUUAGAAUGAAGAUGUAGACCAUGCAGCACUAAACAUGACGAUAAUUCCAACCCAAUGAAGUGUCUAUUUUUAGAGCAAGCAUAAUUAAAUGUAGUCAUCACAUCAUAUGAUCUAAAAAUAACACGGUUGGUAAUUAUAUGGUAAUUAUAACACAGACCCAGCACAGAUCCAGCAGGCUCUUUACAGGAGGGCUGAAGGGGACUUGCUUACUAGAGAUUACCUGUUCAAGAAAAUGGAAUAAAAAGUGUUCAGCCGGGUCCACACCAGUCUGGCUGUUUCCUGCGAGGGAGAUUGGUGAGGUCAUGCUACCUGGGUAUAGCUGACUGUACCAAAGCAACUCUCAUGCUAAGUGGAGGCACAGCAUCUGCUGAUGCGUGCAAAAUCAGGAGCAGGUGCAUAUUUAUUGAGGACUCUGAGGCCAAAUAGACAGCAGGACAUGAACACACACACACACACAGAUACAUAAAUUUACCGUUUCAAGGCAAACGUUUUCCCACAUGAAAAGUAUGAAUACAGCCUGAAAACAGUGACAGUGAACAGUUCCUUGUACUAUUCUUAUACUGGAGAUAACUGCAUUUCUGGUGAAAUUAUACGAUCUGUAGUUUUUUAAGUGUCCAUACUGCUUGCAGUAGUCUGUCAUCUUUCAGACACUCAUGGAGUCCAACAGAAAGCAUAAAACUGGUUUAUAUUUGAAAAGUCCCUUGUGGAAAGUAGGCCAAUUGUUUAAUUACACGUUACAUAAGUACCAUUGUUAUAUGAGGUUUACACUGUAAAAGGCACAAGGACUUUGUGUGAGCAUGUGUGCAGUUGUGAAUGUGACAUUAUUUUCCAAAUGUAUUCAUGUCAAUGUGAAUAGUGUUAUUAUUAUUAUAGUUAAUGUUGACCUUCCUGCUAUAAUUGAAAGCGUCAAGAAAAGGUCUUCCGUAGUGUUUUUGAUCAUGGCAUUUCCACAUGAUACUCCAGCCGUCGACCACAAAUUUUAGUACAAAUGCCUCAAGUAUCAAUUUAUUUAUUAAAAAGGAAUAUCACAGUUAAACCUAGUCAUAGAAUUUCUAUGUCUUUUUCCAAGUUGGAUUCAGGCUACUGCAGCUGUUAAAUGUGGUGGCCACAUGGAAAGUCAGAUGGGCUAAACUGUAAUAAUAAACCCUCUUUGUUGUUGUUGUUGAUGGCACUGAUUUCAUUUAACUUGAAGUACAUUAAUGCACUUUGCCAGUAGCAUGUUUACAAUGCAAUGAUGUCCCUUUUUCAGUAAUUGUAUUCAUGUCUAUUUUGUUUCAUCUUUGUGUUUUUCUUAUAAAUUCUCUGUGCUGCAUUAGUUUUACAGAAACCGUUUCACAGAGUUUAAGAGGCUGUAGAAAAUGUUAAGUUUAGCUUGAUUUUUCUUUCUUAUCUGAACUUAGCAGAACUUCCAGCAAAUUGAAUUGCAUCUUUCAAGCUCUCUCUUACUUUGCAUUUAAAAGGCAGACCCGGUUGCUAAUUGCAUACAGCUGUGAGCACUGAUUAAAUUAUUUGCACUGCCCACACUUUUAUGUAUUUAAAUCUGUCUGUCAGUGUUUUUGAGCUUUAGUGUUGCUGCAGUUUAUUUUUAGUAGAUUACACAGAAAUGACUAAACUGGAUUUAAACUAAUGGAUUUAUUGCAUUAAGUUUUAUUUAGUUUACAGUAGACUACCAGCAUGAAAGAAAUUAACCAGUAAAAAUUCAGUGAGGGCUUCCUCCCUUCCUUCCAUAAACAUGCAAGUAGGAAACUGUAACAUAUCUUAAUAACAACAACAACUUCGUAUAACAUAACUUAACGCAUUGUAAAGUAUCUGUAUCUGUUACUGCAUAGUAGUUUCAACAUGCUAGCAUGCACAGAGCUGUAGUGGGACCCGUUGUCCUGUGCUAGUCAGAUUAAUAAUAGGAAUGUUGCCUGUAAAGUGCACCCAGGCAUGCAGUCAUUGUUUCACUACAAACAUAACUCCUUUGGACUGUAGAAAUGUCCAGAUUCUUACAGCUCAGAAUGUUCUUUUUAGGAACAAGGUGAGAGGCUGCAGACAUGUCAGUCAAAAGUCAGUCUUUACAAGAACAGGGAUAACACUGAAUGAUACUAAUUUUAACUGUGUAAAACAGUAUAUUUGAAUCCCAGGGUGAUUAUGAGAAACACUACCCUCCCCCCUACACACACACACAUACACAUACAAAUGGGGAGGGGUGAGAGGGUGGGGAAGGAAGCAGCCUCGUGCCCUUGCAGUUGAUCAUUGGUUGGAGCCACAAGGAAGGGGAGGGGCCUCUGUGCCACUGUUUCUGUAGAGGGAGCAGCAGAGGGAGCAAGAAAGUGUGUGUGAGAGAAAGAGAAAGACAGCAAAGGAGGAUAAAUGAACAAGGGGGUUCUCCCAGCAUCGGUAUGCCUGCCUACCUCAUUUCCACUCCAAACAUAGUUGCUUCUACCUUUGGCUAGAAAUUACUGCUAAGGUGUGUUUUAUGUGUGUGUGUGUGUUUUAAAUAUCAGUCCCCACGCACACUGCCUUCAUCCUCUCAGCUCACGGCAGUCUGUUAUGAUUUCGCUGCGAAGGACCAGACAGAAGCUGAGACAAGAGCAAGCGGACAUGGAAGAGUGGUGAAGGAGAGGCAAGAAACAAGAGGAAAACAGAAGGAGAAACAAGAAAGAGAAGCAGGAGGACAGAAUAAAAAGAAGAUGUUAAUGCUUAAAACGUCUCCUUCCCUCAAUUCGUGUAUGCAGCACAUCACGCAAUAAUGUCUUUCCAUUGGAGGCUGUGUCUGUGACUCUGUGGACUCGAGACAGAUAAGAGAGAGAGCUUCAGUCUGUGCUUUCUGCAGCUGCAGCAGAUGUUGAAGACAUCUCCGACUUUAUAGGGAGUGGAGCCAUUUCAAGCAUAGAUUGGACUGGAAUUCCUUUAAACAAAGUCACACUUCUUUUCAUUUUUUUCUGUUUUGUGCCUUCAGCUGGGAAGUUUGCUUUACUGAAAAAAUAAGAUAAAGAAUAGAUGCUUAUCUUUUUUUGUGCAUUAAUCUGGUUUUACUCUGACGAUUUUAUAUCGUUGAGUUAAACCACAACUGCCUGCAUCGAGGACAAACCCAAGGGGAUUCCAUCCUGCUCUUUGUCCUUUCUAUCCCUUCUGCGUUUGAAAUGGCAGAUGGAGGUAGUGUCAUCAUGGACCUACAGCAAAGAGUUUUUUGUUUGGACUGAAACCAGCCAGCUACGUUCAGAACCAGCCAGCUACCUGUCAAAAUACCGAAUUCCUUGAUUCAUUGUACCUUUGAAGGGCCCCUCAGACACGUCUUCCUGCCCAGAAUGAUGAAUUCCUCCCUGGAUUCGCUGAACCAGAGCUCCGCUGACCCAUCAAGCUUAUCUUCCCCCUUCUGCCUCCUUGAGAUAGGCUAUUCCCAAAAUUUCAGCACCUGUCUCUUAGAAGUCUCUAUCAUACUUCUGCUCACUGUUCUCAUUAUUUCCGGUAACCUGGUGGUGAUUUUUGUGUUUCACUGUGCCCCCUUGCUUAGCCAGCACACCACCAGUGCUUUUAUUCAGACUAUGGCAUAUGCUGAUCUACUGGUGGGUGUCAGCUGCCUGUUCCCCUCCCUGUCCCUGCUGCAUCACCUCCAGGGCCUUGACCCCAAACUGACCUGCCAGGUGUUCGGGUACAUGGUGUCUGUUUUGAAAUCAGUUUCAAUGGUGUCGUUGGCGUGUGUGAGUGUAGAUCGCUACAUUGCCAUCACGCAACCUCUGACUUAUGCGUCGCUCGUAACACCUUGUCGGGUGCGCUGCUGCAUAGUGCUAAUAUGGUUGUACUCGGCUCUGGUGUUCCUCCCAUCUUUUCUCGGAUGGGGUAAACCUGGUUACCAUGGUGAUGUGGUAGAGUGGUGUGCAGUUGAGUGGAGGACUCGUCCUGCUUUUACAACCUUUAUUGUUGCCCUGCUCUAUGCCCCAGCUGCCCUCACUGUCUGCUUCACCUAUGCCAACAUCUUCAAGAUCUGCCGGCAGCACACUCGAGAAAUCAGUGAGCGCCACGCACGUUAUCGACCCCAACAGCUGCAGGGCGCAGGAUCGACAGUGGGAUCUGUGGUCAAGGACAGCAAUGCUGUAGAGCAAGGGCAGCUCCCAAACUUGUCCCAGCUGCAAAAAUCCCAACCACAUUUCCAGCAGACCACAUCAACAUACCCAGACAAGCGAUACGCAAUGGUACUGUUCCGCAUUACAAGCGUUUUUUAUAUCCUCUGGUUGCCCUACAUCCUCUACUUUCUGUUGGAGAGUGGAGGGAUCUACCAUCAUCCUGCAGCCUCAUUCCUUACCACAUGGCUGGCCAUCAGCAACAGCUUCUGUAACUGUCUCAUUUACAGCCUGUCCAACUCUGCCUUCAGGAAGGGCCUCAAACGCCUCUGCUCUUUCUGUUUACAGCGCAGUGGCAGUGGUUUUGGGGUUAGGAACACCAAAAAGGCUUUCAUCGGUUCUAUUGAAAAAGGAUGUGCAGGGCCAGGGUGUGCAUAUAGUCACAGGGAAAUAGGAAUUGGCACAACAUGUCAUGUGUAGGUUACAUAAAGGAAACCCUUGAGCGAAACUGGCAUUUGAUCUUUUGAAAAGAUGCCUGAUGUGAUUACUGUAAAAUGUCUCCUCCCUUUAAGACAAAAUGGAUUGUAAAGAGAUGGAAGGAGGCGUUGAUCUGCCACUGCUGUUUCUGUUGCUUUUGGAGGUUACACAGGCGUCCUCUGUGCACACGCCACAGCUUGCAGUGGCAGAGAAAGGGAGUCAGAGCAAAGCGCUGAAGGAGAUAAGGUCUACGUAGCCCUGCAAGGUGUUUUUAGAAUGCUAAAGGUAACCCAGCAUACUGUUCUGUGCAUGGGCAGGGGUGAUAGAUAUAAGAGGGAGAAAAAGUUGUCUGAAAAUCUUUGCCGAAGUGAACUCCUUUGAGGUUGAACCAUUUUUUUUUUCCCAUUAGUUUUCUUUUAUGAGAAAUGAAUCCUUAACUUAUUUUGCCAAAAAUAACAAAACAUUACAAAAGCUGUAUAUGACUUUUGUUGCCAGAUUAUCAACACAGUGUGAGUAGAAUGGAAAAAAAUGUAUGCAAACAGCACAGCUGACUGCUGUUAUGAGAUGAACUGCCAAUGGCAAGCUCUUUAAAUAUAUUUUUACAUGCUCUUUUCCCGUGAGUAUUUGAAUACUAAAAGAAAUGCAGCAUUGUGUGUGUAUUUGUUGAUUUAUUGACUGAUUGAGUCAGUCCUGCCUACAUAAAGAAAUUAUGUAGGUUACAUUUACUGGACUGAUUUUGGUUUGUCAGCAUCAAGACAUGGAUUCAUAAACUUUGAAAUUCCAGAUUACAAGACAAAAUGUUACAUCUUAAAAGUGGUGGGUUCAUGCAUUGAGUCUGCUGUUUGUAACAUAUGAUGUGAGCUGCAACCCACCUUUCGUGUACGACUGUUAACCUGACAAAAUGCAAAUGUCAUUUUAAGUCAAUUUCUCUUUCAUGGUUCUUUAUGCUGCAUUGCACCUUUUAUUGUUUUGAAUAUGCAACUAAACUUAUUUAAUAUGUGUUUCAAAGGCAAUGCAAAACCUAGAAAGAGUAUAUAUUUACGCUUAUUGCACACUGCUUGUUGGUACAUCUUCCAGCUGAUUUUUUUUUUUUCUUCAAGGCUUAAUUGAAGGUGAAAAACAUUAAGCAUUAAGAUGAACUGUGAUCCUUGUUCCUUGUCUCUGGAAUUGGAUGAGAGGAAUGGUAAAAUGAGAAUUUGUAAAUGUUUGAUGAUCGAAAUUUCACAUUUACAUGUUUUUGUAAAUAAUUACCUUCAUUUGAACCUUGAUGAAUGCUCUGUUGUGACUGCAUUAUUGCCUGCAUUUGGGGGCUACUGUAUGCGCACAAAAACACACCAACACAGGGGGUUCACAUGUAAACAGAGCAGACAAAUAGCCCAUUCAGUCCUCCGGCAGACUAACAUCUCCAUGGCACCAUGAAGAGGGACUGACCCCUCAACUCCCUGGAAAUUGCAAUUGCAUGUGUGUGUGUGUGUGUGUGCGUGCUUCUAUGUGCAUGCAUGUGUUGCAGUCUGUUUCUGUCAUCUUGUCCCCAUGUGUAGUUUCAUGGGUUCUUUUCACUCUUAACUUGAUACUUAAUACACACUAAUCAAAACCAAUAACAUGCUGAAGUCUAGAUAUUGUGUCAUAAACUCAAAUGUUAUGAAAAUUUCUUCAACCAUGAAGACUCAUGUCACAGUUUAUUUAGGUGCAGAUAAACUAGCUUUAUAUACUUUAUCUAAUGUACCAAAGAAAGUUCAACAGAUACUGGAUUAUAUUUUUUUCUAAAUAUCUAAUAUACGAAUAUUUAGUAACAUGUGAGUGGAUUUUACACAAAGUUUGUGUAGGUCUGCUGCACUGCGUUGGCUCAGUGAUGCCUUAUGUGCAUGGAUAUCUCAGUUUAUAUUGGUAUUGUGUUGCCUUGAAAAACAAAUGAAAAUGAAUUGGGGAAAUAUUUUCUUGGUUCAUUUAGGGAGGGUUUAAUUUAUUGACGUUUGACUGUUUUUAGAGGGAACAGCACAGACUGGAGAUUGUAUGCAUUUGCAGAGAUGAAAAUGCAUACGAGCCAGCCUCGAUUCCACAUUUAGUACAAAGUAGCCUAAACUCCAUUUGUAGCCAAGUAACUAAAAAAGUGACUGUUAAUUCAGCUACUCUUCAAAAAUUCAUGAUUGUCCCCCCUGUUUAAAAUAAAUCCAUUGUGCUGUGACUGUAUUUCUUCCUGUGUGCAUUGGUGUGUAUGAAUGUGCGUGGAUGUAUGGUAGGAAUGCGACCAUCGGCUGAACUGGACUGUUUACGGUGUUCUAGCAAAGGUGCUAACAAGAGUUAUCACCUUUUUUUGCUUUACUAGCUGUACACCACUUCCUUCAAGUAUAUUGUAUUUUAUGAGUGUAUAUGAGUAUGAUGUCCAGUGGUGGUAGAUAGAUUCAUAUGUUGUCUAUAAAUAUUUUGGCCGUCAUCUGUGGAGCUUUGCAAAAUCUUGUUAUCUUUCCUAUUUGUAUAUUCUUCUGAAAUGGCGUGUACAGGAAUGGUGUAUUGAAUGUGUUAUUGUCAAACUACAGAAAUUUAUUUUUGUAAAA